GGUAUGGCGAGGUCAGCAAAACACAGAGCGGGUAUCAUUGGUUAAGAUUACCCCACAGCCUCGUUUAUAAGGGCGUCAGUCCCACAAAUCUGGUUACCAGAGCCAGGAGCAGCACUUAGGACAUGCAGAACACCUCGAACAGCUCAGCGAUGGAUUACCCCACCCCUGAUUACGAUUAUCCAAACAUCUCUUUCUGGAACCAAACAAAUGGCUCCGAUGCUGACGAUUACGACCUGUCCUCUUACUGGUGUGAAGCCGGUGAUGAGGAGGUCUUCAUCAAAAUGUUCCAGACCUGCGUUUUCUGCCUGAUCUUCCCGCUCGGCAUCGUGGGAAACUGCCUGGUGAUCGCCACCUUCGCUCUGUACCGCCGCCUCCGCCUUCGCUCCAUGACCGACGUCUUCUUGUUCCACCUGGCGCUGGCCGACCUCCUGCUGCUCCUCACGCUGCCCCUGCAGGCUGUUGAGACCCACCGGGGUUGGAUCUUCUCGGUUCCCCUCUGCAAGCUGAUGCGAACCUGCUACGCCAUCAACACCUACAGCGGGCUGCUGCUGCUCGCCUGCAUCAGCGUCGACCGCUACAUGGUGGUGGCUCGAGCUCAGGAGAUGCUCCGGUUUCGUAGUCAGAUACUGACAGCCGGGAAGUUGGCUGCCGUGGGGGUCUGGCUCGUCGCGGUGCUCCUCAGUCUUCCUGAAAUCCUCUUUUCUGGGGUGUCGGGGGUCGGCGACGAAGCCUACUGCGGCAUGCAGAAGAGCGGACUGGUCAAGAAGGUCACCAAUGGCGCCAUCAUCGGCAUCUUCUGCCUGUCGCUUCUCAUCAUGGUGACCUGCUACACCUCGAUUGCUCGGGUGCUGUGGGAAGGUCACGCCAACCGCCGUGGGAAGCAGUGGCAUCGGCAGCGCACCCUGAAGCUGAUGGUGGCGCUGGUGCUGAUCUUCCUGGUGUUCCAGCUGCCGUAUACCGUGGUGCUGUUGCGUAAAAUGACGGGUCAGUUCUGCGGCCUGGUGCUGGAGUACAUCACCUGCACACUGGCGUUCGUCCGCUGCUGCCUCAACCCGAUCCUGUACGCCCUGGUAGGCGUUCGCUUCCGUAAAGACGUGCUGAGGCUCGUCCAUGAUUUGGGCUGCUCGUGCGGCGGCCAUCUUGGGCCGCAGACGUCGAGCUCCACUUCGAUCUCCGCCUUGUCGCCGGCCUUCAUCUCAGCUCCGAUGUCUCCUGAUCGCAGCUACUCCAGCCAAGACACCGUGAUCAAGUUCCAGUUUCCAGCAGUUAAAUAAAGUUCGUGAAGCGGACGAUAAGCCACUGUUUGCAAAGAAUCCAGGUCAUGAUAUUAAAAAUCUUGACUUUACCGAGUUUUAGAGCUGAAACGUUUAAUUAGUUGUUAAAUUAAUCAACAACUAUUUUGAUAAUUGAUUAAUCGGUGUGAGUAAAGAGAGAGGUCAUCUUCGUAAACUGGGACAUUGUCUAGAAGAUGAAUUAGUAAAAGAAAGGUGAGAAGAUUUUUAUUGUCAUUUUCAUAAACAAGAGAACGAAAUUCCGUUUCUCGACCAGUGGAUGCAGUGAAAUAAAAACAUCAAUAAAUAGUGUAUGUCAUGUUAAAAUAUAGACAUCAUAAUAAACUAAUAAAUAGCAACCAAAUCAGAUUAAAAACAAAAAACAAGUACAUCUCUCAAACAAUCCAGUCUCUCUAAAGUGCAUUAAAGUGUGUGGGUGUGUGUGGGGGGGUGGGGGACAGUCCCCACUUUAGUAGAGGGGACUUCAACUGAUCUUAGUUUCUCUAUUAACUGUUUGUUCUUUAAAACUCUGUAAAAAAAAAAAAAAAAAAAAAAAAGCCGCAAAUUGUACUGUUUAGAUCCUAAAAUCAGCAAAUAUUUGUGGAUGAAAAGUGCCUCAAAUGAUUCAUUUUUUGUAAUUAAUCGGUGUGGGUCAACAAAAAAGUCAAAAUCCUGGAAUAAGUGUAAACAGCUAAAUUUAUUCCCAACUGUAAUUUUUGUCAAGAAAAAAUGUCAAAAUCCUCUGAAUCUGAACUCGUCUUUGACAGUAAACUGAAUUGUCAAACAAGAACUGCCAAAAAUCUCCAAAUGUCAUGUUUUGUUUCACCAAAAUUCCCCAAAAUAUUCAGUUUCAGUCACGAUAUAGGACAAAGAAAAGAAGCAAAUCUGCAAAUACUCAACAUUUUAUCCAUUAUUUUAGUGCUGGGUGCUAGAAAAUGUCAGUAUUUGUGUCGUGCUUGUUGGUUUAGAUCAUUUAGUUUAAGGAGUACAGACAAUAACGACUCUAAGGAGCAUGAAAGGUUUGUAGGUAAUUAUACAUUAGCUGGGUAAUAAUUAAGCAUCUUUGAGUGUUUAUGUGACUCUCAUCACUUGAAAUGUCUUGAAAAUCGCUGUACGAUUACAUGUCACUGUAAAAGGAAACGGUGACAUGUCAGAGGUCAAAAUUCUGAAAAAAAAAAUUGUUCCAGGAACGUGUGUGUGUGGGGUAUUUAGGCACGUUUAAUCACGAUUAACUGUAUGACUGCACAGGUUUACCGUCAGGUUGCACCUAAAUACGUACGUGUUUGUAAAUACUGUGUACAUAGAGACAUUGAUGACAUAUUUAAAUGCUUUUGUAUUCUCUGAACUCUGAAUAUGUAUUUACAAUAAACAUAUGCUCAUUUGCUUUUAUUUUUUUUAUAUCAAGAUGGCUUUAUUGAGCGUUAUAAACAUUUCCAGCCACAUUUCACAGCAUAAAGCAGCCUGUUAGUUUGCUGUCACAGUUAAAUACACAAAUGAAAACAGUUUGUUUGUUGUCAUUUCCAAAGUUUUGAUUCUGAUGUUUGUGCACAGAAAACAAAAAUUCAAAGUUGAGUUCAUGUAAAGAUCACCUGACACCGAAUUUGACUAAAUAGCUGCUUUUGUUGUCAGAAUUAUUUAAAAUAUUGCACCGUGCUUCC